AUGGCCCUGGAAACGCGGCACUGGCUGCGUUUGUGGAGGAGGUGCCGGUGGGAAUGGUUCGGAGUGGUUCCGGUUAUGGUCAUCACUCUAGUGGUCUUCCUGGCUCCCACAGUGAUGCCGCACCUGAUCUUUGGUGUAACCGAUCGGCAGAAGGCGCUUCUCUGGUAUGACAAGUUUCUCUGGCUGAGCAAAGGGGACGUCAAAGAGCUGUCCAAACGAGACUGCGCAGUGCUCUUCUUCAAAGAGCAGCACUGUUCCUGUGCCGAUCGCAUCAUCUCCUCAAUCAUGGCCCGUGGCUACGACGGCGAGGAGACUAUCUACUCCAGCAGAGACUGGCGGUUGGUAAAGGACCCGAAGAUGACGAUAGGCAGCUUCCACUACACCGCUUGGUCGACGCACGGCGACCUGCGAACAGCGGGGGAGCUGCGGCACAGGCACGUGGCUCUGCUCAAGGGACUGCUGUCAGAGGGGACCCAGGCGGUUCUGGACAAGCAGAGGGCCUUGAGGGACGAGCGCGAGGUCGCGGUGUUCCUGCACUUCCCCCCGAACAUCUUCCGUCUUCAUGUGCACUUCGUUCCUGUGAACAGGACCAUGUGGGCCCCAGCAGAUGAGGUCGUGCCACUGGAGCCAUUGAUACAGUCGCUCCAGUCCAUGACUCCCUUCGACAAUCGCGCAAGCCCCUUGGUGAAGAUCCUUCCGAGAGUCAGCGGCUCUCAUGUGUUGACAUGCCAAAGCUGGGGAUGA